AUGAGUUGUGAGGGGAGUCGAUGCGCCACGUUAGUGUCCCUACCCACCCAAAUGGAUAUGAAUAUGACAAUUCCGGCUCCUAAAACUAAAGACAACAAAACCGUCGCCGGUUACGAUAUUCCACGUGAUACGAUAAGUAAGGAAUUCAUUAAAAACGCAAAGACAGCACGACAGUCUUUGGAGUCGAAUAACUCGUGUAACAAUGGUCUCAGCGAUUAUCUUAUCCCAUGUACAUCCACAAAACUCGUCCCAGAAUCUCCACGGAUAGUCAUCACAUCGCCAGAUGACGAUCCGUUGCCGUCACCUUUUCAUGGAACAUUAAAAACGGAGAAGGAAGUAUUCUCACGAAUGAACCAAAUCCAAUCAGAUGCGAUCGAAACGCCUCGUCCCGCCGAUCACAGUUUUCUGCUGGCCGUCGCGAUAGCAGUUGGAGUGGUUCUAAUAGUUUUUCUCCACAUUACAGCUAAGAGAGAGGCGAACACAGUCGGCGUCGAUCGUGAUGAACCUGGUGAACGCGACGCGUGUGCCCACCCAUGCUGA